AUGGAGAACUCGGUAGAGUCACAACGGCUGCGGCGGCCUCGUUCGCGAACCGCUUGGGGAUGCCCUGUGUCUACCAUAAUAGUCACAAUCCUUGGUCUUCUUCUGGUAUUUGGCAUUGUGCAAUCAUACUUGACGCUCCAGAUUGAUCCUCAGGGGUGUAAGACACCAAGCAUGCUGCCGACUUAUAUUAAACUGGGUGGAUUUGACACGGAACACACCCGAUUUGCGAGCAAGUACAAUCUCUAUUUAUAUCGGGAGCGAGGUGUAGAUGACUACAGUGAGGAAGAUAUUGGCCUCAAGGGAGUUCCCGUCCUCUUCCUUCCGGGAAACGCAGGGAGCUACCGACAAGGACGUUCGCUUGCUUCUGAAGCCUCCUUAUACUUUCAUAAUGUGCUGCAACACGAUCAAGACCGGAUUAAGGCCGGUACCCGGAGCUUGGAUUUUUUUAUGGCAGACUUCAACGAAGAUAUGGCUGCGUUCCAUGGCCAAACUAUACUCGAUCAAGCUGAAUAUAUAAACGAUGCCCUUUCAUACAUAUUAUCGCUUUACCACGAUCCGCACCGAGUCAGAAGGGACACUGACCUACCGGACCCUGUAUCAGUCAUACUGAUAGGACAUUCCAUGGGCGGAAUCGUAGCUAGGACAGUCCUCACCAUGGCCAACUACCAGGCGAAUUCUGUGAACUCUAUUAUCACAAUGUCUACACCGCAUGCCAGACCACCCGUAUCUUUCGAUUCUGACCUAAUGAGCACCUAUAAGCAGAUCAAUUCAUACUGGCGUGAGGCCUAUUCAGAGAGAUGGGCGAACAAUAACCCGCUUUGGCAUGUGACUCUUAUUUCCAUUGCCGGCGGCGGUGGGGAUACUAUUGUGCCAUCAGAUUAUACAAGUCUAUCCUCCUUGGUCCCUGAUACCCAUGGUUUCACGGUUUUCACUAGCACAAUGCCCAAUGUUUGGACCGGAGUGGAUCAUCUUUCCAUUGCAUGGUGCGAUUCGUUGAGGAAGGCUGUUGUUCGGUCUAUUUUUGAUGUGGUCGAUGUUAGACGUGCCACUCAAACAAAGCAACGCGCUGAGCGCAUGAGUGCCUUUAGGAAAUGGUUUCUCACUGGAAUCGAGCCAAACGCGGAAAAACGCCUACCAAAUAAAGAGCCAACCACGCUCUUGACUCUCGAUGAAAACACCAAUUCAAUGCUAAAACAAGGAGAACACUUGGUCUUGCGCGGAUUCGGCCACCAUGACGGCCCUAAGGCUUACCUCAUCCCCGUUCCGCCAAGAGGAGGCGUUCCUGGGAAGAAAUUUACUCUCUUAACAGAUCAAAAUGUGGAAGCUUCAGGAGCUGGGAAGCUUGAAAUUUUGUUUUGUAGCGACCCUCCCUCUCGUGCUGGGCAAUCUGCAACUUUGCUCUCUUUGAACCUUGAUCUAUCUGGAGGAAAUGCUGCCUCACCUCGAUUGGUCUGCAAAAGUAGCUACGAGGACGUGAUACAUAUCCCAGCAUCAACUCGGUCUUCAAAAUCCGCCUUCGACGACACCCCUCCCUUUUCGUACUUCCAAUAUGGCCUGGAGGAUCUGACGGAAUACCAGUUUGUGGCUAUUGUCGACAAACAUGAGAAAUCCACCCCUGGUUUCCUGGUUGCGGAGUUCUCUGACAGCUCAGAUUCGGUCAUUCCUACUAGAGUCAGCCUUGGCCGGCUGCUGAGCGCUGGUUUAACGAUUCUGCUUCCAGCUGACAGACCAUUGAUGACUGAUAUAAAAGUUCCGGCUCUACAGUCUAGUUUACUGGCCUAUAAACUCAAACUCAAGAGACAAGGUUGUAAAGCUGAUUCAGAGCUUUUUGCACCAAUAGUUCGCCAGUAUAUAUCUGACCCAUACGAAUCGAAGUUUUUCGUCAAUGUGAAGGCGAUUGAUGUCAAUCUUCAUGGGGUUGCGCCAUACAUGCCCCCGCAUAUUAGGGAUAAUCCGGCCGGAAGCGGUAUAUCAUUCCAGCUUUGGUCAGAUCAGAGCUGUAAUUCACCUCUCCAACUGUCGCUACACGUUGAUGUGCUUGGAAGCUUGGGUAGGCUUGCUAUGAGAUACCGAACUGUGUUUGCCGCAUUCCCUCUCGUGAUUGUAGCGAUGGUUCUUCGCAAGCAGUUCAGGGUCUAUGACCAAACAGGCGUUUUCAUCAAUUUCUCCGAAAGUUUAGAACUCUGUGUUCGUUCUUCAUUACCUCUUACUUUCCUUGGUUUCUCACUUUUGGCUACCACUUUGGCAACUUCCAAGUCCGUGGUGACUCAAGGUGUGCAAUCUAGAUGGCAGUCGAAUGCAACGGAAGCACCAAUAGACUAUGGAAAAAAUGAUCUCUUGUUAGGCUCCCAGGACACAUUCUUCUGGUUCCUGGUUCCCCUUUUCGGAAUCAUUAGUGUGGGUGCAUGUGUCGUCGUUAAUUAUGCGGCAAUGACUAUUGUCUAUCUACUCGAACUUCUUCGCUCAAUGGUGGCCGCUAGGCAGGGGUAUAUUAAACAUGAGAACGGAAGGACCGCACCCUUACUGUGGAAUCUAUCCGCAAGGCAUCGGAUAGUGAAUGCAGUUAUCCUACUUUUCCUAGUAGCCACAUUUAUCCCGUACCAGUUUGCAUAUGUGGUGGCCUGCAUUGUCCAAUUGAUCACAUGUGUACAAGCAUCUUCCCAUGCUCGUGAAACAGUGAGUAACAGCUUUCUCCAUUCCAUCUCGUUAUUCGAUAUAAUUUUAUUGACCGAACUGAAGCGAUCGGGCACUCACGCCAACCUUAACAAUUUUGCGCAUUCGAUUCUUGUCCUUAUGCUUUGGAUUCUUCCGAUCAAUAUCCCUGUUCUCAUAGUCUGGGGCCACAACCUUGCAGUACACUGGUUCACGCCCUUUUCCUCUCAUCAUAAUGUGUUAUCAAUAAUGCCUUUCAUACUUCUUGUCGAAACCUUAACUACCGGAGCCAUGAUACCCCGGGUCACAUCUAACUUCAAAUAUAUUACUUCCGCCCUAUUCUUCUUCCUCGCCGUUUAUGCUGCGAUAUACGGCGUUACAUAUGCUUACUUACUGCACCACAUCGCCAACUUCGUCGUCACCUGGCUCGUGGUGCUAUAUUUCUUCGGAAAUGGCUUGUCAAUGCCGAACCUUGAUCGGAUAACCCGCCUAUCAUCAGACUUCUCCGAUUCCGACUUUUCAAACGGCCACAUCAAGAAACUACCUUGA